AUGAUUGCCAAAUCUCGGGAAGAAAGAGAGCAUGUUGGGAGCCACAGGAAGCUAUUUGAAAGAUUAGGAAAGUUUCAGUUGAAGCUUAACCCGACCAAAUGUACGUUUGGGGCUAUCUCGGGAAAACUGCUAGGGUUCAUUGUCAGUGAGAGAGGUAUUAAGGUGGAUCCAGAUAAGAUAAAAGCUAUACAAGAACUGCCUCCCCCGCGCACACAGAAAGAAGUCAGAGGAUUUUUAGGAAGGUUGAAUUACAUUACUCGAUUCAUUGCUCAACUUACCAACCAAUGUGAUCCGAUUUUUCGACUCAUUCGAAAGCAUAACCCGGGAGAAUGGAACGAGGAGUGUCAAGUGGUCUUCGACAAGAUAAAACAGUAUCUAUCUAAUCCUCCGGUACUAGUACCGCUGACCCCUGAAAAACCAUUAAUAUUGCACUUGACCGUAUUUGAAAACUCAAUGGGGUGCAUACUGGGGCAACAUGAUGAGUCAGGGAAAAGAGAAAAGGCAAUUUACUACCUCAGCAAGAAGUUCACAAAAUAUGAGGCAAAGUACCCUUCGAUUGAGAAGUUUUGUUGUGCAUGGAUUUGGAUGGUUCGAAGGCUCAGACAAUAUAUGCUAUAUCACACGACAUGGUUAAUUUCAAAAUUGGACCCAAUAAAGUACAUGAUGGAGUCACCUGCACUCUCAAGGAGAAUGGCCCGAUGGCAGAUCCUAUUGAUUGAGUAUGACAUUGUAUAUAUGAGCCAAAAGUCGAUAAAGGGAAGUACAAUAGCUGACUUCUUGGCAAGUCAAACAACAGAGGAAUACGAACCUUUGAGAUUUGAUUUCCCAAAUGAAGAUUUGAUGUGCAUUUUAGAAAAAGAAGGCGAGUCAUCAAAAGAGGAAUUAUGGAAGAUGAGCUUUGAUGGUGCAUCAAAUGCAUUGGGGCAUGGGAUCGGAGCAUUCUUAGUGUCACUAGAAGGGGACCAUUACCCACUCACUGCCAGAUUGAAUUUCUUCUGUACCAAUAAUAUAGCGGAGUACGAAGCUUGCAUCAUGGGACUUCGUGCAGCUAUCAAGAGGAAAAUCAAAAUUUUAGAGGUACAUGGGGACUCAGCAUUUGUCAUUUAUCAUAUUCAUGGAGAUUGGGAAGUGAGAGAUCCAAAAUUAGUCAGGUAUCACGAUCUUGUUGCGAAAUUGGUCAAAGAAUUCAAAGAAGUGACUUUUAACUACUUUCCACGAGAGGAGAACCAAUUGGCUGAUGCCCUAGCCACCUUGGCUUCGAUGUUCAAAGUAAACAGAGAAACUGAGAUAAUGCCCAUCCAAAUGAGUAUUUAUGAGACCCCCGCACACUGUUUUAGUAUUGAGGAGGAGUCAGAUAGACGACCAUGGUUCCAUGACAUCGUGGAGUAUGUCAAGAAUCAAAGGUACCCAGAGCAAGCAAAUGAGAAUGACAAAAGAACAAUCAGGAAAUUGGCAGUUGGAUAUAUUCUUGACGGGAAUAUUCUUUACAAAAGAGGGAAAGAUCAAGUGCUCAUGAGAUGCGUGGAUGCUGUUGAAGCUAGAAAUAUACUUGAAGAGGUUCAUGAAGGAAUUUGUGGAACGCAUGCCAGUGGUUUCACUAUGGCCAGACAGAUUAUGAGACUUGGUUAUUACUGGCUGACGAUGGAAACAGAUUGCAUUGGCUACGCACGAAAGUGCCACAAAUGUCAAAUUUAUGGCGAUAAAAUUCAUGCAGCUCCAUCGCCCCUUCAUGUCAUAACUUCUCCGUGGCCAUUUUCUAUGUGGGGCAUGGAUAUAAAGCAUCAUAAUUCUUCUCCCUAUCGCCCGAAGAUGAACGGAGCAGUAGAAGCGGCUAAUAAGAACAUUAAGAGGAUUCUCGGGAAGAUGACUGAGACAUAUAAGGACUGGCACAAGAAGCAACCAUUCGCUUUGACUCUGAAGCAAGAACAAAGUUCAACAAUGGGGCAGGAAGGUGGUAUACGAAAAUGUGGGUUACUCACAGAACUUGAGGAUGAGUACAAAACUGGAGAGAAAAGUCAAGAAUUGAGGAAAUGA